AUGGCUUCCACUUCAAAGUUUCUCCUCCUACUUAUCAUUUCCAUCUUUCUCAUUUCUAUGUCUCAGGUAUCUUCUUCUUCAUCCGAGGCUGGGAUAGAGGCCCAAGCGCAUCAACCCCAGGUGGUUAAAGGACCAAACCGCAGGUUUUUGGAGUUUGUAGACUGUGGGAGUCUAUGUGCAGUAAGAUGUGGGAAGCAUUCAAGGCCAAACGUGUGCACAAGGGCAUGUGGCACGUGCUGUCAAAGGUGUAACUGUGUGCCACCUGGCACACAUGGCAACAGAGAAAAGUGUGGGAGCUGCUACACUGACAUGCUGACUCAUGGAAAUAGGCCUAAGUGUCCGUAG